AUGUCUCCACGACACUCUCACAAAUCCCGAAGCAAUCCAAUGGACAACAGAUCCCCAGCAGCAAGUUCAAAAUUGGAUACGAAACAAUCUCCUUCAGCAACACCCACUCGAGUUGAGACUUCAACGUCAAACUCUCGCACUGAAUCAGCUUACGGAGAGAACUCUCAUGCUUGGACGACCUCUUCGAACAACUCAAAGCCAGUCCACACAGCAUCUCUUCGCCUUCAUUCAAUCGAACAUCCCUAUCCUCAGCACGAAAACGUUCCUCAAUAUGCCGAGCAAGUCAUCUUCGGUGUAUCUAGCCUUGGCAUCUAUAUUCCACCAUACUUGGAGCGAACUUUGGUAGAUCAACAUGGAACUGAGUAUCUGUACUCGAGAAUUGAAGAGAAUGUCGAGCUUCAGUACUGGAAUUUCAGUUUGUCAGGAGAACAAGCUCAUUGGGAAGAAAGGGACGAUGGGUUGUCUGGAGACUUGGUGGGAAUUGGGGCGCAGUUUGAUAGUCAGACUUCAAGUGCCUAUGUGAGUUCUUCGAGGCCAUAG